CGAACGUCCGCAGAAAAAAGCAUGGCGGAUUUUACGCUCCUAAAUCUGACUGCGAAAAAUGAUACAAUGACGAGAAAUCAAGUUCUGCAACAGUCUUUACCGAUGGGAGAAGAUGACACACUGUACUUCUUCCAGGAGGAGUCUUGCAUUGAAACCCCAUACUAUAACCAAGGAGGUUUCAAUCACAACCAUACAGCUACGGUCCCUAUGGUACAGGAUGAGGUUUACAUGGAGAACCCUUAUUACAACAACCAUACAGCUAUGGUCCCUAUGACACAGGAGUUUUACAUGGAAACCCUUUACUACAACAACCAUAUGGCUGCUGUCCCUAUGGCACAGGAGUUUUACAUGGAACCCCCUAACUACAACCAUGUAGCUAUGGUCCCUAUGGCACAGGAGUUUUACAUGGAAAACCCUUGCUACAACCAUGCAGCUAUGGUCCCUAUGACACAGGAGUUUUACAUGGAAACCGCUUACUACAACUACAACUACAACAACAAAAAUAACCAUGCAGUUAUGGUCCCUAUGGCACAGGAGUUUUACAUGGAAACCCCUUACUACAACCCUGCAGCCAUGGUCCCUAUGGCACAGAAGUUUUACAAGAAGACCUCCAACUACAGUACAACAGUGGUCCCUCUGACACAGGAGUGGAUGUUCAGGCUUCAGACCAACAUGGACGACGGUUACGGCUCAACCUGGAUCAUGGAAAAGUUCCUCACAAGUCUCUCAGAAUGUGAGAGGGAAACACCACCAACAUACCAGGAUGCCUCUGUGCAAGAAUUUGCUUCCCAAUGCAACUCAGGAGUUGGCAACAAUCAGAAGAGUUGGACCAGUCAACCUAGGAACAGGUUUGGAGAAACAGUCUCUGAGGAUGCCAACAAUAGGACCGCAUCUGAGGUGACCCAACCUCAAUCGGCGCCACCAAGUGAUACUGGAAAGAACUGCAGCAACGUCAGUGUGAAUGCUUCAGUCUGUUUGUCACCCUCCAACAAGUUUGCUGGUGAUGGGAAUGAACUUAAGAGACUGGAGGAGGCUGAGUUGCUUCACAGCCCUGACAUAGAGGGUUGGAUGUUCUGGUCAAGAAGUGAGGCGGGGUCAAUAUAUUAUUCAGAGGAUGAGAUGUCAGAGGAGAUGACAGGACACAGCAUCGGUCCUGAUGUUGACAGAAUGGAGGAGAGACUGGUUUUCCCUACCCCCAGUGUGCCAGAUAGACUGGUCAACAGUGAAGAUUGGGUCUUCUGGUCAAGAAGUGAGGCGGGGUCAAUAUAUUAUUCAGAGGAUAAGAUGUCAGAGAAGAUGACAGGACACAGCUGCAUUGGUCCUGAUGUUGACAGAAUGGAGGAGAGACUGGUUUUCCCUACCCCCAGUGUGCCAGAUAGACUGGUCAACAGUGAAGGUUGGGUCUUCUGGUCAAGAAGUGAGGCGGGGUCAAUUUAUUAUUCAGAGGAUGAAAUGUCAGAGGUGAUGACAGGACACAGCAUCGGUCCUGAUGUUGACAGAAUGGAGGAGAGACUGGUUUUUCCUAUCUUCAGUGUGCCAGAUAGACUACUGGUAGUGAACAAGUUGUCAGAUUACCCCUCAGAAGAGAUCCAGCUCCUGGAUCACAUUGAGGUAGAUCAUCAGUCUGAUGGUACAGAGGAUCUGGAGGAGAUCCAGCUCUUGGAUUUCAUUGAGCAGCUGCAGCUAGAUCAUUCAUCUGAUGGUACAGAGGAGAACUUCCAACUCCUGGAUCCCUUUGAGGUAAAUUAGGCACUGCUUGGUACAA